AUGGCUCUAAGAAAUGUCGAGAAAUUAAUUACAGCGAAGAAGGAAAUCAACAGGGGAGCAUGGACGGUGGAAGAGGAUCGGAAACUGGCAGAAGCCGUCGAAAUCCACGGCCCAAAGCAGUGGAAGACCAUUGCCACCACCACAGGACUGAAUCGGUGUGGUAAGAGUUGCAGGCUUAGAUGGAUGAAUUAUCUUAGACCAAACAUCAAGAGAGGAAGUAUGUCUGAUCAAGAAGAGGAUUUGAUCCUCAGACUUCACAAACUCCUAGGAAACAGAUGGUCCUUGAUUGCCGGAAGAUUGCCGGGUCGAACAGACAAUGAAAUCAAGAAUUACUGGAAAUCCCAUUUAAGCAAGAAAAUUGAGAAAUCGAAUGAAGGAAUUUCAAGAAAAGAAGAAGAUUCCAAGAGUGAAGAAAAGAUUAACACAUCCAAAUCCACUGUUACUGGUUCUUCUGAGGACCCAAAAAUCAGCUCUGAUUUGGAUGACUUUUUUGAUUUCUCCAAUGAAAAUCCCUCGACUUUAGAAUGGGUAAGCAAAUUUGUUGAUUUUUGUUCAUAA